AUGGAGGAAAGAGCUACCACCCCGGUCGUCAGGGGUUUGUUCAAAAUGUAUUCUUGGCUGCUUGUGCUUGUGGUUCUUAUGGCCGGGGGAGGUCGCGGUAGCAAACGACAGCGCUCCUCGGCUAAACGGCCAGUUGAGCAACAACCGGAAGACGAAGGAAGUGAAUAUGCUCCAGGUGACGAAUCUAGGGAGGAAGAGCCAGAUUGGGAAGCUUUUACUCCGGAAGUUAUAACUAAGGAAAAGGAUAAAAGGAAAGGCAAAGGAAAAGCCGUUGAUAAAGGAAAAGGCAAAGCCAUGGAAAAAGGAAAAGGAAAGGCAUCUGAAUAUACCGGUCGUCGGAAAUCUGGAGGUGUUGAGAUCAGAGAACCAGGUUCUGAGCCUCCGCGUCUUAGUCUGCAGGAUGUUCCUUCGGCUCGACGGUCAAUGUACUCGUCGAAGCAUUGUAUUGGUGAGCACGAUGUUGGCAUUGCCAGUAUAAUUGAGUGUGUGCCGGGAUUUCAGGAUUUAUUUGAAAAAGGAAAUCUUCAUCAGAUUUGUGAUUUUUCGGAACAAACUGGUUUCUGUUUAGAGCUGAUCAGAGAGUUCUAUAUGAGAGCAGGUCGCUUGAGUGAUUCUGGCGGUGGCCCGUACGUAUUCACUACUUCCGUACGUGGUGUUGAGUUAUCAAUCACUCCCGAUACGAUAGCGUCUGUGCUAGGAAUGGAAGCAAGGACUGAGGGAGUGGAGUAUCUGCAGGCCAGGUUUGACUCGCUUCGCGAUUGGAACCGUGUGGUGAAUUCUAUUUGCAUGUCGGGUACAGAGUCAAACGGAAUUAUGGUUUUGUCCAAGGAUUUCAAAAUGGAGUACAGGUUUUUGAACUUCGUGGUUUGCUACAACAUUUUACCUCUCGCAAACACGAAGAUUUUGAGAUAGGAUCGCAUCCUGUACAUGUAUUUAUUGGCUAGGCCGGGCAUUGUAAGUGCGAAAAAUAUCAACAUGAAUAUCCCGUUUUUGAACUGGCGGAGAAUGGCAAAGGACAUCAAAACUUCAGAACAGAAUGAACGGUUGCCAUUUCCAUUAAUUAUCAUGAGGAUUCUGCGACUUCAUGAGAUGGAUAUUCGUUGUGCAUUGUAUGAGCAUAGCUUGGGACGGAUCAAUGAAAGGACGUUUGUGAAGUCCUCUGUGUAACUUCGAACUCCGUCUCAACGUGCUUCUUCACCUCCUGCUGCUCCACCUCUUGCUGCUGCUACUUCUUCCCGUCCUUCUAUGGAUAUCUCUGAGGAGGAUGUCUCGGUGUCGUCUGUCUAUCGUGAACAACAAAAGUUAUCUGAAGAACUUCAAAAACUUUCUGCGGAUCAAGCUUAGAUACGAAAAGAUGUGAGCAAAAUCAAGCGUUUGAUGAAGGCUAUCUUUGACAAAUUGGGUUGUUGCAGCUCAGAUCUUCCUCCGCAGGGUGACGAAUCCGACUGACUGUGCGGGGUUCCUCCUUUUGUCAUUUUGGCGCUUUCUGACAAAAAGGGGGAGAUGCUGAUGAUGAUGCUCAGGAUGAUAAUGAUGUUGCUCAGGAUGAUGAUGAUGUCUUUCUUUUUGAUGAUGAUGAUGCAUUUAGCUUAGUUGUGUAAAUUUAGACUAGAUGUUAGACUAGAUGUUUGCUUAGAUGAACUAUGAACUAUGACUUGACUUGUUGCUUUGAUUGCA